GGCCGAAUAAGCUUUGCAAAUUGCAAGCUCACGAAGGCCAGCCAGCCAGACAGCAGCAUCACCAUAAAGAAAUUCCGCAUCUUCCCACGGAACCCAACCCAACCCAAAUCCAAUUCUUAAUUCAAUUUAAAAAAUUACCAACUUUCCCCCUCCCCAGUUUCAUCGAUCCUCCGGAGCAUCAAAAGUUGGGUGUAGAAGUUUACAUAGAGGACUUGAGCUUGGAACGGAUAGACUUAUAGUUACAGGAUAUGUAUAGGGGUGUGCCUACGACAACGACCACACGAGGUGGAUCACCCACAGGCAGUGGGGAUUCUGUCGUGACUUUAGAUCAAGUCCCUAAAUGGAGCGAUGUGGAGAGUAGGUCUACAUUUGGCUAUGAGAAUGAAGAUUCUUCAAAUCCAUUCUUCCCUGAUCCUUUGACGUCGUCACCUGAUGGGGAUAACAGUGGGAAUGGAAUGGUGGCCAGGUUCCCUGUUGAUCAUGAAAUUAACUCAAAGAUACAUCUGUGGAGAGGAAACCCAUGGAAUCUCGAGGUUGAUGCUGUAGUGAAUUCUACAAAUGAGAAUCUUGAUGAAGCCCAUAGUAGUCCCGGUCUGCAUGCUGCAGCUGGACCUGGUCUUGCAGAAGAAUGUGCGGCCCUGGGUGGAUGCAGGACAGGAAUGGCUAAAGUUACUUAUGCAUAUGAUCUUCCUGCUAGGAGAGUUAUACAUACUGUUGGUCCGAAGUAUGCUGUGAAAUAUCACACCGCUGCAGAGAAUGCGUUGAGUCACUGUUAUAUGGCUUGUCUUGAGUUACUUUUUGAUAAUGGGCUUCAAAGUAUUGCUAUGGGUUGUAUAUAUACAGAAGCUAAAAACUAUCCUCGUGAACCUGCUGCACAUGUUGCUAUAAGAACUGUCCGGCGUUUUCUCGAGAAGCAAAAGGAUAAAUUAACAGCAGUCGUGUUUUGUACCACCACCUCAACUGAUACUGAAAUAUAUAAAAGACUGCUGCCACUCUACUUUCCUCGAGAUAAACACGAGGAGGAGGUGGCCAUGUCAAAGCUUCCUGCCGAUGUUGGGGAUGAGAAUGGUGAUACAGUAAUAGAUGAGCGUAAAAUCAGAAUAAAGCCUUUGCCCAAGAAAAAUAUUCCGAAUCCUCCUGAAACUCCGGAAGAUCUACCUGUUAGUGAAGUGGGUUUGGUGAGGAGAAACUCUACCUAUUUGGAUUCUUAUUUAGAUCCAGCAUUCAUGUCCUUAAUAAAGGAUCCGGAUCAGAGACGAAGGGAGCAGUGGGAAAAAACUGCUCAAGCGCAAAGUGGAUUUAACUGUGCCAAGAUGCUUGGUUUUGGCGAUCUUGGUGGUCCUCCAUUGUCGGCUGCAGAAGAAUAUUCUUUGCAUUCUCGAUAUCUUGCUAAAGCUAAUUCUCUUAAUCUCUCUGAAAUUGCAGAGAUGAAAAUUGUUUACUUUUCUGUUGCAGAUACCGGGGUGGAGUGGACAGUGAAGGCCGUCCAGUAAUGGUUGUUGUCGGAGCACACUUUUUGCUGAGAUGCCUUGAUCUCGAGAGAUUUGUGCUUCAUGUUAUCAAGGAAUUUGAGCCAGUUAUCCAGAAGCCAUUUUCCAUUGUCUAUUUCCAUUCUGCAGCAUCUCUACAGAUGCAACCAGACUUGGGUUUUAUGAGAAGAUUGCAGCAGAUACUUGGUCGAAAACACGAGAGGAACCUCCAUGAAAUCUAUGUUCUUCAUCCUACAUUGCAUCUAAAAGCAGUAGUUUUGGCCAUGCAAAUUAUGGUUGAUAAUGUGACGUGGAAGAAAGUGGUAUAUGUGGAUAGGCUUCUACAACUAUUCAAAUACGUCCCUCGAGAGCAGUUGACCAUCCCCGACUUCGUCUUCCAGCAUGACUUGGAAGUGAACGGAGGGAAGGGUCUAAUUGUAGAUCCAAGAACGAAGUAUGUGUAUCAACGACCGUCUUAGGCGUCUCUGGAGUUACUAUUCCAUCUCAACCUGACGAAAUUGACUCCCGAAAACUGCCGUCAGAUGGUUGCUCCUUCUAGCCUGCUUGGCGAGCAUCUCAUUUUGUGUACAAAGUGUAUCUGAAAAUUUUUUUAACUGUUUUUCUGUGCUGGGCUUCUUCCUGGAUUUGUUGUUAUGAAAUCAUGGCAAGAGUAGCUUUAGUCUCUCAAUUGUUUUAUUCUAUAUCAUAUGGGGAAGAGAUGGUGAUUUUGUCUAUGAAGUAAAGCAGAAUAACAAUGUUUAGUGUUUCUUUUUUGUAUCAUGAUGGAUUUUUCUCAUAAAUGAAAAUGUGGUUUAAAGUAAA